UCGGCCUGCGUGCGGGCUUGCGCGUGCGCACGACCGCUGCUCCGCCCUGGCUUCCUACGGUCUGUGUUUCUGCCCUCGCUCCCGCAGCCCGCGGCUUUUCCUUGCGCGAGUUGGAGUAGUGGAGCUUGUGGGUCCGAGGCCGGAGCGUCCCGGUCCGCAGCGGGCGGGCACGGCUGUGCAGGCCGGGGAGGCCGAGGGCCGGGCUGACAGAGGUGUCAAGACCCGGGCCCGCUGCGGCCUCCUAGACCCAAUCCGAGUACUUCUCCAGACUUUUCCUUCGGCAGCGGAAGAUGACGACAUCCUUGGGCCCACUGUCCUUCGGGGACGUGGCCGUGGCCUUCACCCAGGAGGAGUGGCAGCGGCUGGGCUCUGAGGAGAAGACGACGUACAGGGACGUGAUGCUGGAGACCUACAGCAACCUCGUCUCCGUGGAUGAAAUCUGGCAGGCGAAUGACCUGAUGGAGAAAGCCCGGGAAGAUGGAAAGAGGCUCUCGAGGGCAGCUGUGCUCAGCUACAGAACCACGGUUGGAAAGAUAGGCGAUGCUGCCGGUGAAGCCGCUGCUGUAGAAACAACACUUGUUCCUUCAGGGAAAGUCAUCCCUAAGUGCAGCUCCUGCGCGGAGAGCUUGACGUGUAUCUCCGCUUUCAUCAGCAGCGAUGGGAGCUACGCAAAGAUGAAGCCCAAUGUCUGUGCUGGAUGUGGGAAAUCGCUGCUCCACACUAAGCCCGAGAAAACACAUCCAGGAGAUGAUUCUUAUGAAUUUAGUCAGAAUGAAGAUGAUUACACUCUAAGUGAAGAAAAUUUUUACCAAAAAAUUCGUACUUUGGAGAAGCCCUUUGAAUAUGUUGAGUGCCAGAAAUCCUUCCCAAAGAACACUGUUUUUGUUGAUCCCGUGGAAGAGAAGCCCUAUGACUGGAGUGAGUCUGAAAUGGCUUUCCUCCAGAUGUCAGAGCUCAGUGGCCACAAAGGUUCUCACAUGGAAUUGAAGCCCUACGAGUGCCGGGAAUGCGGGAAGACCUUUUGUAAAAGGUCCAAAUUCAUCAUCCACCAGAGAACUCACACGGGAGAGAAACCGUUUAAGUGUAACCAGUGAGGGAAGUCCUUCUGCCAGAAGGGAACCCUCACCGUGCAUCAGAGGACACACACAGGGGAGAAGCCCUACGAAUGUAAGGAGUGCGGGAAAAACUUCUACCAGAAGUUACACCUCAUCCAGCACCAGAGAACCCACUCAGGAGAGAAGCCCUAUGAAUGCAGCUACUGUGGGAAGUCCUUCUGCCAGAAGACACACCUCACGCAGCACCAGAGGACACACUCAGGCGAGAGGCCCUACAUCUGUCCCGACUGUGGAAAGACUUUCUCUCAGAAGUCAGCCCUUAACGACCACCAGAAGAUCCACAGCGGGGUGAAGCUGUACAAGUGCAGCGAGUGUGGAAAGUGCUUCUGCCGCAAGUCCACACUCACCACCCACAUGAGGACGCACACCGGGGAGAAGCCCUACGAGUGCAACGAGUGCGGGAAGUUCUUCUCCAGGCUGUCCUACCUGACCGUGCACUACAGGACCCACUCGGGGGAGAAGCCCUACGAGUGUGCCGAGUGUGGGAAGACCUUCUACCUGAACUCGGCCCUCAUGAGGCACCAGAGGGUGCACACCGGAGAGAAGCCCUACGAGUGCAGCGAGUGCGGGAAGCUGUUCUCACAGCUGUCCUACCUCACCGUGCACCACCGAACUCACUCGGGAGUGAAGCCCUACGAGUGCAGCGAGUGCGGGAAGACCUUCUACCAGAACUCGGCCCUGUGCCGGCACCGGAGAAUCCACAGAGGGGAGAAGCCCUACGAGUGCUACAUAUGCGGGAAGUUCUUCUCGCAGAUGUCCUACCUCACCAUCCACCACCGCAUCCACUCAGGGGAGAAGCCCUACGAGUGCAGCGAGUGCGGGAAGACCUUCUGCCAGAACUCCGCCCUGAACAGGCACCAGCGGACACACACAGGGGAAAAAGCCUAUGAGUGUUACGAGUGUGGGAAGUGCUUCUCGCAAAUGUCGUACCUCACCAUCCAUCACCGCAUCCACUCGGGGGAGAAGCCCUUUGAAUGCAGUGAGUGCGGGAAAGCCUUCUCUCGGAUGUCCUACCUCACCGUGCACUACAGAACACACUCGGGAGAGAAGCCCUACGAGUGCGCCGAGUGUGGGAAGAAGUUCUACCACAAGUCAGCGUUCAAUAGCCAUCAGAGGGUUCACCGAAGAGGGAGUGCCAUGUAGCUGUGUGGGAGGCUCCCCUAAGCGGACUCAGAUGACUGCCUCAGUGAGCAAGUGGAGCCCUGUGUACGUACAUUUGUUCCUCAGCACCCAUAGCUUCCAUAUCCAAGGGUUCAACCGACCAGAACGACUUAGGGAAAAGGUUUUAUCUGUACUGAAUAUAUAUAGACUUUUUUCUUAUACAAUAUGACAAGUUUGAUAUUGUAUUUGUAUGAUAUUAAGCAUUAUAGAUCAUCUAGAGAUAAAAUACAUAGGAAGAUUAUGUAGGCUGUACACAAAUACAGCAUUUUACAUAGGGACUUAAUAAACUGCAGACUUUGGUGUCCAGGUGGUCCUAGAACCACACUUAAACAUACCAAAGGAUACUUAUCAGAGAGCCCACACAGGUGAGCAGGACAUGGCCAUGUGAAGUAGAUCCAUCUGGAAAUUCACAGGGCAGAAACAACAGUUGUGACAAGAGCACAUAGCAGCCUAUCCAGGAGUAAGAAUCAAACUGCUGUCAGGGAGUUGACUCACUUAACUGUGAGACGUACACUCCUUUGGAAACUCUGGUACUAAGGAUGUUUUGUAAAAAUUAAGAUAAUCUGCUGGAAAUAAGUAUACUCUAUAACUACAGGAUAUAAAAUGUCAGUCUAGUUAGCCAAGUUUGCUGCAUUAAAUAAUUCCCUAGGAACACAGGACUUGGGGUUUCUUGUUCUUAUUUUAGUAACCAUCACAGAACUCAUGUUCGUUCCGUUGUAAUCAAGCUUGGAAGAGCGUAUCCUUAGUUUGUAACGUAUGGUAAGGUAGCCCAUUCUAACUAAGUUCGCCAUCAUGUUACUUUCUGAAUAUGCAUUUCACUGGAGUAGGAUCUGAAAGUUAUGAACUAUGCUUUUUCCUUGUUGCUUGUGUUUUAAAAUGCAUUUGAUCAUUGUUACAGGAUUAUAUCUGUAAUAAGCCAAUUUUUUGUUGUUUUUUAACUAUAGCAAAGACGACAGAAAUGUAUCUAUAAAAUAGGAAACUCUGAGUAGAUCAUUUUAAAUUAAGCCAGAGUCUUCAAGGGUGAGAAGUAGCUUCAGCACUCACUACUCUGUACAACCACGACCUAAGAAUGUUCUCCUUCCUCUCUGCGUUUGCUCACUUCCUUCUUAUGGAGAUGUGAGGUCCUAGAGCACUGGGCUGUGCAGCUGUCUGUGCUAGUGUGGGGAGCGUUCUCCACUCUGCCAUCACUAGGAGGUGAGAACACACAAAUCAGGGUGUGGCAGACAUCAUCCCUGCCGUCUGUCACUCCCUCCUGGCUCUUUGCCCUCCUGGGAAUAAGGGCUAUAACUCCUGGAAAGUGUCUUUGGUAGUGAUAAUCCGUCCCUGUAGCCUUGGACCCAAGUCUAAAGAGUUAGUGGGGUUAUCAGAGAUUGUCUCCUGAAAGGGUUUCCUCAAAGAAGCCGAACCUUAGUGAGCAUCAUCUUGUCUGGAUGUGGUGACUCCCAGAAGUGGCCACAGUGUAACAGUGUAGCUGUACAGAAGCAGAAUAAACUGGGACCUGAUGUCUCAGAGGCACUAAACCAGCUUGACUGGAGCCGCUCCAUGUCUGGACUGUGUCUUUUUCUAAGAGACUAUUUGUUUCUAAGCCAGUUGACUUAGGAACAUUCUGCUAGUAACAAGACAGUCUACCUGGUGUAGCAUUACACUUUGUAGGAGUUUUGCAGUUCGGAAGUGGACUCUAGCUAAAUCAUUUAUUUUGAUGUGUUAAUAGAAAGAUUUAUUAUCUGUAAAUUUGUAUGUAAAUAAUCUGAACAUUGAAAAUGAAUUUGAAACAAACGUA